UAUGAUUUCACUGCUGAAGCUGGAAAUAAUGAGCUCACUAUCAAAGAAGGGGAAAUUCUCAGAGUUACUAACAAGAUCUGGUGACUAAAAAGGCGGGGAUGAUUCCUACUUUAUCACCUUGCCUUCUUGGCUAUGCAUGUUAUUUUUCUGCAGUUUCUGUACUGUGUGCUUGGAAUACAGCAACUCAAGGAUGUUGGUGGAGGAUGGAUAGAAGCAAAAAAUGCUCAAGGUGAUAGAGGACUUGUUCCAAUAGAUUAUGUUGAGUUUGUAUCUGAUGGUGCCACAUCUGGCAGUACUACUGCAGACCAGGCGUUUUUUGAUUCUCUUUCCACAAUCACAGCUCAGAAUUCUGCAGCACACAACAAUGAACAGAAUAAAACUGCUGCUGACCCAUGGUCAAGCUGGAAUGAACCUAAGCCUUCUACAGACAAUGCUGGUGAUCCAUGGGGUAUGAACCAAAAAAGCAGUACAAAUAACUGGGAAUCUAGCGCGGCAUUUGGUCAUCCGGAAGCUUAUCAGGGUCCAGCUGUUGAUGAUGAUGACUGGGAUGAUGACUGGGAUGAUACAAAAUCUUCUCCUCCGGGUUACCUUGGUUACAAAGAUUCUGAAACUGGAGCAGGUCAGCGUGGAGCUGGGCGGCCGGCAUCCAUGAAAAUACCUCUUAGCAAAUUUCCUGGCUUUGCGAAAUCUGGAGUUGAUCAAUAUCUUAUGGCAAAACAGCUAGCCAAAACCAAAGAAAAAAUUCCAAUUAUUAUAGGAGAUUAUGGGCCAAUGUGGGUCUACCCAACUUCAACAUUUGAUUGCAUUGUAGCUGAUCCCAGAAAGGGAACCAAAAUGUAUGGUCUGAAGAGUUACAUUGAAUAUCAGCUCACAGCAACAAAUACAAACCGAUCAGUAAACCACAGGUAUAAGCACUUUGAUUGGUUGUAUGAGCGCCUGUUAGUUAAAUUUGGGUUAGCGAUACCCAUUCCUUCUCUUCCAGACAAGCAAGUUACAGGGCGUUUUGAAGAAGAGUUCAUAAAAAUGCGAAUGGAGAGGCUACAAGGAUGGAUGUCAAGGAUGUGCCGGCAUCCUGUUAUCUCAGAGAGUGACACCUUCCAGCAAUUUCUUAAUUUUCGCGAUGAAAAGGAAUGGAAAACAGGCAAGAGAAAAGCAGAAAAAGAUGAAAUUGUUGGCAGUAUGAUUUUUUCCACAGUGGAGCCAGAAGCCCAAGACUUGGAUAUGAUAGAAGUGGAGCAAAAGUGUGAAGCAGUCAGCAGGUUUACCAAAGCCAUGGAUGAUGGUGUCAAGGAGUUGCUUACUGUGGGCCAGGAGCACUGGAAGCGAUGCACAGGACCGCUACCCAAGGAAUAUCAGAAGAUUGGAAAAGCCUUGCAGAGUCUGUCACAAGUUUUUGGCACCAGUGGUUAUCAAGGUGAAACAGAGCUGAACAGUGCAAUCACAGAAGCAGGAAAAACUUAUGAAGCUAUUGCUAACCUGGUGGAAGAACAGCCAAAGAAAGAUCUUCAUUACCUAAUGGAAACAAAUCAUGAAUAUAAAGGUUUUUUAAGUUGCUUCCCAGACAUUAUCUCUGCUCACAAGGGAGCCCUAGAGAAAGUAAAGGAAAGUGAUAAAUUGGUGGUUGCAGGUAAAAUUACACAGCAAGACAAAGCAAACAUGAUGAAGCGAGUAAGCGUCAUGUCAUAUGCACUUCAAGCCGAAAUGAAUCACUUUCACUCAAAUCGGAUUUAUGAUUACAACAGUGUAAUUCGGCUUUACCUAGAGCAACAGAUACAGUUUUAUGAGACGAUUGCAGAAAAGUUGAAGCAAGCCCUAGGUCAAUUCCCAGUGAUGUGAAAUAAAUUGUUGAAAUGGACCGAAAUUAAAAUUUUUAAGUGCACUUGAUGAUUUUUUGAAAAAUCCAUCUGGACACGGCUUCUAAGAGAAAUCCAUUACAUUGUUCAAUUCCGGCCAAUGUGUUUACAACUCAUCUUUACACAAAAUGUUUUAGUUUGAAAGGUGGCAGUUGCAUUACUCUGGGUGCAUUAAUGUCACAAUUUAAGAAAUAUAUACUGUAUUAGGGGGGAUUUGGUUUACCCUAUGCUAUCUUUCUUAUCCUAGUCAAAGGGAGUGAAAAUAUUUCAAAGCUAUUCCAUGCAAAGAGACUUGCCUCCUGUCCCAAAUCCCUUCAUAUUUGGUGGACCCACUGUGUGCAAGUGUGUUUUUCAGUGGGUGUUUGUUUCUAGGCAUUCAAUUGGACAUACUCAACAAAAAGUGAAAUGCAGGGUGUUUAGCACUAAAUGCAAUUUAAAGUGAUCUCGUAUAUGUAUACACAGGUUUGUACAACGCAUGCCUUCAUUAAAAUAUCUAUAUUGAUAAGAAUAUAUGAAGAUAUAUAUAUAUAUAUAUAUAAACAGACUUUGCCAAAUGAGAUACAAUUGUACCACAAGCCUUGUGCAAUUUUACAUUUUAUAUUUUCGCUAUUACUCAGAAUUGUUACAGCUUUGUUUGCUUCUGUUAAAUUAUGCUCAUUUUUAUCACUCAGGACAAAAACAGACUUUCUUUUAAAAGAAGCUGGUACUAUAACUGGUAUUUGGCGACAUUGUGCAAUGCCUUAACACUUUAUGAACAGGAUCAAAAGCCUUCAGAGUACAAGUUGUGAGUAAAUGGGUGCACAGAUUUUAGUACCCAACAUGGGGGGAUACCACAGGGUAAAUUGUUAUUCAGCUUGUUGAAAAACAGAAGUGCAGUGGUUGAAAGGGUAUGACGAGUUACCAAGAAAUGUAUAAAUAAGAGCAUAUGUAUACUGUGUAGUUUGUGUAACAACCAAGAUGUUCUCCUGGAAUCUGGCAUCUGUUAACCGGCAGUUUUGUUGCUUUCCUAGAAGACCAGAGCCAAAUUAUGUUAUGCAGUUAUGAGAAUGUAUAUGCCACUCAUAGGUAUAGCUAAUAAGUUUACCAUAUAACAUGCUCGUAUGUUAACCUUGCUAAAUGCUCACAUCAACACUGCACUCAGCAUUAUCCUCUUGUAAAGGAACCGAUCAAAGCAUCUGCUGCUCAUAGGACUGAAGUAGCCAAACUCCUAUAUUUAGUUUAGAGACUCCCGGGCACUGUAUUUAUAUCUUGCACAUUUCUAAUCAGAUAUGUUAUACAAAACAGCAAGUGAAUGUUUUCUCAUUCUAUCUUGCAAACAGCCCACGACUUGAGGCCUUUCAAAGGCUGUGAUGCACAAAAACUUCUGUUAUUCUUUGAGGACCAAUUUAUAGCAUUUUUGACACUUUUAAUUGUGAAUUAUAUGAUAGACCUACCGAUGGCAAAGAAAAUUAAUACUUAUUUUAAAGGGCCACUAUACAAUAUAUAAAACCUAUGGAAUUGUGUUUAAUUUUUGGGAAGACAUCUACAGGCAUAAUUUUAUGUUAUAAGUCACUGCAGGAUAGGGGAAACUUAAAAGACCAGUAACAACAAAACUGAAAAUAAAAUAUUCUCUGCAACAGUCUUGCUUUACUUAAGCUAUCAUUUUUAUAGGUGUAUAGAUAAAUGAUAUUUGAGUUUUGACAAUCAUCCCUUACAUACAAAAUAAAUCAUUGUAUCCUAAAAGACUUUUACCUGUUAUGCAAAGUGGGUCUAGCAAGGUUUCAAACUCUGCUAGAGUUUCUCAAGCAAUGUCCAAAUAGAGCUCUGUAGGACAUUCAGGGCCUGGCUCUAACAACAAUUCAAUGCAGAAAAUGCUUAAUAUAAUGGCCAAUAUAAGACUAACCCAAAUAAAUGUUUUAAGUGUAAGGUAACACUACAAAAUGUUUAAAUGUACAUGAUGCUCUUUACUUUUUUGUUACUCAUCCUUUAAUGGCUGGAAAACAAUUUCUUUUGUUGGCAAGCCACAGGCUUUUUCAUGUCACACGUCCUUUUCUAGUUUUUUCUAAGGUCAAUGCUAUGUACAGAGGGAUUUGCAUCUGGCGUAUAUCGGCUCCCUAGGAAGAUUCUAAUACAAUAAAGGGCCUAUGAGAGAUUAAGGGUAGUGACACAUGGGGCUGAUGAUAAGGCUGCGUUUAAAUGCAGGCCAAUUAGGCGUUUCACUGGCCUCUGCUUGUUCAUGGGGUCGGCAUUCACAGGUGAAAUAUCCCUGGAUGCAGACACGUAGAUUGGAUUUUGGCGAGAAAAUGCACUCACGCAGGCUGGUAACCAACUUCAUGUUUCACUUCCUUAGGUCUUAAGAUCAAUCGGUAACCAUUUAGAGAAGCUGGGGGAAAACAUUAUUUAAAAGAAUUAUAUAUUCAUCACAUGUCACUUUUGCUUAAUACAGCAGGGAAAUACAAGUAUGAAUAUUGUGGCCUUCUAAUCUUCCUCAACAUAUGAAGAUAACAUUUUCAUUUAUCUAACAUUUAUCUUUUGACACAUAAACAGUUGUUUAUAAUGAGGAAAACAGUUGUUUAUAAUGAUGAAAUGUUCUGCUUAAACAUAUAUUCUGCUCUAAAUACAGAUAUAUUUGUAUCACA